ACAGCCUCGCUCGCUCUUUCACAUCUGUCUCAUAAUAUUGCCAUGUCGUGUGCCACCUUUGAAAUCUCUGUUCAUUUGUCGACGUUCGUACUUGGAUCAUAACACCCGUCACAAUGCCGCCUAAGAAGAAAAGACGCACGAAUGGAUCAAGUACACCUCAAAGUUCUCCGCCUCCUACACCCGCUACUCCUGAACUAGACUCGUGGCCUGGUUGGUGCGAGAUUGAAUCCGAACCUGCCUUCUUUACCACCAUUCUCAAGGACAUAGGCGUUCGCGAUCUCAGAGUCCAAGAAGUAUUCGGUGUCGACGAUACCAACCUAGCAGUCUUACCCAAACCGGUCCACGCAGUCAUCUUUCUGUUCAGAUAUCAGCAAGAUGAUACUGCUGAACAGGUCCCAGAAACAACAUGUCCUUCUCAUGUCUGGUUCGCCAAUCAACUUCCCCAAUUUGCAUGCGGAACUGUUGCUCUGCUGAACAUCGUCAAUAACAUUCCAGACUUAGAGCUCGGCUUGCCUCUACAGUGCUUCAAAGAAUUCACGGAAACCUUUGAUCCGGUUGCUAGAGGCCACGCAAUCGAUAGCUUUGAUUUCGUGCGCAAGAUCCACAAUUCUUUCGCACGAGACACUGACAUGCUCGCCAUCGAUUCUCAGAUGCAUGAGCGAAAUGACAGAAUGGUCAAAAAGCAGAAAACGCAAGCUGCAACUGCUGCUAAAGUGGCUAAAGCAAGAGAGAAAGCUGCAGAGAGAGCCGCAGAGAAAGCCGCCAAAACCAAUGAAGAAUCAACGCCGACCGCAGUAAGAUCUAACCCUCCACGCAAAGCCAGAAACAGCAAAGCUGUGGUUGAAGAGGAAGAGGAGCAAGAGUCUGAAGCAUCGGGAUUCCAUUUCGUCGCCUACAUGCCUAUUGGUGACGACGUAUGGAAGCUUGAUGGUCUGGACUCAUUUCCUACCGCUGUCGGGACGAUCCAGCCUGAUCAGGACUGGUUACGUGUGGUUCAGGGUACCCUUGCGGUCCGCAUGGCUCAGUAUGAAGAAGGUCAGCUAGAGUUCAGUCUGAUGGCCGUCGUGCAAGAUCCGGUUGUUGAAGACCGCCGUGCUCUUGCGCAAAACAUUCGAUCGCUCCAAGAGAUUCAGACACAACUUGACCAAGUUUCUCACAGCUGGCGUAGCUUCAUUGAUCCAAAAUCAGAGGACAGUACUCUGUUUGGCGCAAAUGAAGAUUAUGGCCUGACCGACGACAUGAUCUCCGAAACGAUUUUGGCUGAGAACAUGACGCAGCAGCUCAGAUCAAGCUGCCCAGAGAGCCUGCUCAAGGUACGGCAAGAGCUUGUGACGAAUCAGGCUGGCUACAAAGCACAGGUACGCGAUUCUCAACAAGCAGAGAAGACAGACGCCGAAGAGGCCAUGCAUCGUAGACAUGAUUAUGGAUCUUUCGUCAAAUCAUGGAUGCAAGCUCUUUGCGAUGAUGGAGCAUUGAAGAAUCUGCUGGACGAUCAGGAAGAGCAGGAGCAGGAGCAGGCGGAGGAGGAGAGUUGAGAGAGAUACGACGAGUAUCGAAGCAUUGCGUUUUGAUUCAGAGAUACCCCUUUCCUUUUUCAAACAGAACAUCCGAGAGCCAGUAGUACACGCGACUCCAACGCUUCAGCCCCUCCCACAUUUGCUACUUUAAUUGGAUGCCAUCGUGAAUUUCAAAAUAGCUGCGCAUAAUUCAAAGAAGAC